AUGAUUGCAACAGGUGGGAACGAUGCUUCAGUGAAACUCUGGGAAGUCAAGACAGGCGAAUUGCUCAAAACACUCGAGGGAAAUAUGCUUGGAGUUGCUUGGUCUUCGGACGUCAACACGCUUAUCUCCGGGUCACUUAACUAUGAUAAUGACUCGAUUAGAAAAUUCGACACCGCCACUGGGACACAAACCGCUGUGCUCGAAGGACAUCAACAUCUUGUUAAAGCCCUUUCAUUAUCUCCCAAUAACCGUAUCCUUGCGAGCGCAUCAUCUGACAAGACGACACGACUUUGGAACAUUGAAACCAAUCAACCUAUUGGACUACCUCUCCUCCAUGAAAAAGCAGUGAGAUCUGCGGCCUUUUCUCCUGAUGGAAAGCUGCUGGCCACUGUCUGCGAUGACCAUCACAUAUACACAUGGGAUGUCGCUGCUAUCGUCAGGGAAGCUGGCCUCGGUAAACUUCUGACCGCCUCUGCCCCAAAGGUUGGCGAAAAGUCAAUCUUAGAGACGGACGCUACACAACGUCGAAGUCAGAAAAUCACGGAUGCGCAUCGAUUACCGCCAGAUUUUUUCAAUGGUGCACAUGUUGGCCCUUCUACGACGCGUCGUCCCCCUCCCCGUCAUGGCCGUGGCAGCCGUACAACACCCUCAUCAUCAGGUACCCUCCUUGGUCGGCUUUCCUCCAUAUUCCCCCGUUUUCACCACACCACACCGAGUGUCAUUGAUGUGCCUACCGUCCAGGACAGAAAGGCCUUGUAUGUCUCCCCACCGCGCCAGAAAAAGCCACUCUUGCAAGGUACCCACAUUCAAGGUCAACAGCAACAACAAGGCCAAUCCCAUGGCCAGGCAUCAUCGUCUCGUCCCCCGGUGACCUCUGCUACUGCAAUAUCUACGACAUCUGCAGCUGCUGGUGCAACUCCUGCGUCUACAACUGCAACACCGUCGCGUCCUGCUGCCGCCAACAACCUCAGCCUGUGGACUCGCAUAGUGCUCUGCAUCUGCUGCGUCUCUGUUGACUAUACUAAUGGCCCUCAAUGA